GAGUGGCUGCUGGGAUGUGUCUUACACCUCUAGAAGAGUCUGUGCUUUGAUAAACUCAACAGUAGACUUUUCCUGCACAUACUCACAUCCCUCUGAUUAUAUGAUUGAUAAAACAUUCUGGCAUUAUGGUCGGGCUGGGGACUUCAGGGAUCUGCGUGAGGAGCAUCAGUUUGCUGGUCGUGUGGACUUUGUGGAGAACAAACUGAGAAUCAAAGAGCUCAAGAUCAGCGACUCUGGAGAAUAUCAGUUCAGGAUCAUCUCAGACAAAACAGGAGGAACAUACUCUGGUUCACCUGGAGUCAUUCUUACUGUUACAGAUACGCAGGUGAUAAGCAGACCACACACUGUAUCAGAGGGAGAAAAAGUGAUAUUAAGCUGUUCAACUAAAUGCACUCUGAGUAACAAACACACCUACAUAUGGUACAAGAAGGGACGACAGGUCACAGAUGGAUUCACUAAAGACAACAAGCUGUACCUGGACUCAGUCAGCAAAGAAGAGCUGCAAGAGUUCUCCUGUACUGUAGGAGAAGCAGUGGACAGCACAGCAGUCAGCCAUUAUACAGUCACUCUGCUGGUGUUUGUACCUCAGUUUCUCAUAAUAGCAGCGGUGUGGAUGUGGUUUUUCAUCAGAGCACAUCUCUUCUCAAAAACUGAAAACAAAGGUGAAGGAGCUGUUGUUCCUCGUCCCUAGAUCUUCUCUGUCCAUCUGUGCUGGGAAAAAGACAUCAUUGAGUUUUUUUCAGUUGUGACAUCAUCACAUUUAGGCUUUGAUCUAUUAAUUCUACUAGUUCAUGAUUUAGUGACUUAUAGGAAAAAAGUAUGACUUAAUAAUGACUUAUAGGUCUAUUUAUGUCAUGAAAAAUAAAGGUAU